AUGGGGACGAAGAAAGCGGCGACGGGGGAUAAACCCUCCGCCGUGAAAAACCCUAAGCAUCGCGGAAAACCGCCGCAUCUGGGUCCCACGAAAGCGCUGUCUCCGCCGCCUUAUGCUUCGGAUAAGCUUGGCUUUUUCGUGAAUGAGUUCGAGUCGGCCAAUGGUGUUCGGAUCUCUUCUCUCGAGCUCGAAACCAUCAAAGACAAGAGUAUAGUUGAACUAUCUCAAGACUUUGUCCAAGAUGUCAGCAACUUGGGAAAACAUAUAAAGACAGCUUUUGGGUCUUCAUGGAAAGAGGUCCUUUGUGAAGGAAUGCCUGUGGAAGGGAAAAUUGAUCCAGGGAACCCCUCUGUUCUCAUUAUUGGUUUGUCUGCUUUGAGAUCUUUAGAGCUUCUAAGGGGUGUGAGUUCUCUGACCAAACAAUGUUCUGCGGUGAAGUUGUUCUCGAAGCAUUUGAAGGUUGAGGAACAGGUCUCUCUAUUAAAGAACCGAGUUAAUAUUGGCAGUGGCACCCCAAGCAGAAUCAAAAAGCUAAUAGACAUAGAGGCAUUGGGGCUUUCUCGGUUAGAGAUGGUCGUCCUCGACCUGCAAACGGAUCUGAAGGGCUUUUCCCUGUUCUCAUUGCCCCAAGUCAGAAACGAAUUCUGGGAUCUGUACAAGAAUUACUUUCACCAGCGAGUGCUGCAAGGCGCUCUCCGUAUAUGUCUAUAUGGUCCUAUUCCAGCAGCUCAGGAGGAGAAGAAGAAGAAGAAGCAGCAGCAGCGUAAAGACAGAGAGAAGAGAGAUGCAGACCGAUAGUUAGUUUAACUGCUUCUGCUCAAAUUUUGGUAACUGGUUCUUUGUCCCAUUCUCACACUCCCUUGUCUGCAUGUUUUAUCAUCAUUACAUAUAUAUAUGUAUGUAUAUAAAGGAUAAUAGGAAAUGCUUGAAUGUCUGUUUGGCCAAAGCAACUCUUGGAUGUGGUGGACAAAGAUUCGUUGACAUUUUUAUGGGAUUCGGUUGAUUUUGUCGGAAGUCAAAGCUAUUAAAUAAACUGCUUUCACUUCUUAA